AUGUUUCGUAUUAUCGUUUUCUGUGUUACGCUUAUUGCGCUGUCAUAUUCAAUCCCUGUUGAUAACGGUGUUGAAGGUGAACCGGAAAUUGAAUGUGGUCCAACAUCAAUAACUAUCAAUUUCAAUACACGUAAUGCAUUUGAGGGACACGUCUAUGUAAAAGGUCUUUAUGAUCAAGAAGGUUGUCGUAAUGAUGAGGGUGGACGUCAGGUAGCCGGAAUUUCACUUCCUUUUGAUUCAUGUAAUGUUGCACGUACACGAUCACUCAAUCCACGAGGUAUCUUUGUAACGACCACUGUUGUCAUCUCUUUCCAUCCACUGUUUGUCACAAAAGUUGAUCGUGCAUAUCGAGUACAAUGCUUUUACAUGGAAGCUGACAAAACGGUCAGCACCCAAAUUGAGGUGUCCGAAAUCACAACUGCUUUUCAAACUCAAAUCGUCCCAAUGCCUGUUUGUCGAUACGAGAUCUUGGAUGGUGGUCCAACUGGGCAACCAAUUCAGUUUGCUACCAUUGGUCAACCAGUUUAUCACAAAUGGACCUGCGAUUCUGAAACCGUUGAUACGUUUUGCGCAGUUGUCCACUCUUGCUUUGUGGAUGAUGGCAAUGGUGAUACAGUGGAAAUUCUGAAUGCGGAUGGUUGUGCUUUGGACAAAUACUUAUUGAACAAUUUGGAAUAUCCAACAGACCUUAUGGCUGGCCAAGAAGCGCACGUAUACAAAUAUGCUGAUCGAUCACAACUUUUCUAUCAAUGCCAGAUCAGUAUCACCAUUAAAGAACCAAACAGCGAAUGUGCUCGACCGCAAUGUUCAGAACCGCAAGGAUUCGGAGCUGUUAAAACAGGUGGUGCCGCAGUUAAACCUGCAGCAGCUGCUCAACUCCGUCUGCUCAAGAAAAGGUCUGCGGAACCGGAGAAUGUCGUUGAUGUGCGGACUGAUAUCAGCGCUCUUGAAAUUAGCGAAGAUAAUCAAGCUCUACCAGUUGAUUUGCGUCAUCGUGCACGUUUGCAUCUUGGCGGACAACCAAUGGUACUUGCUGCGCUACAAAACGGAAUUUGCAUGUCACCAUUCGGCUUCUCAAUGUUUAUGGGUUUGAGUAUUGCACUCAUUGCUGCAGUUAUUGUCGUCAUUUCUCUGAAAUUUCGUCCAGUGCAAAAAGUGUGA